AUGGAGAGCCAGCCGACGAAGCAAAACAUAGCGUAUUGCCUCAGGACAAUUGCUUUCCAACUCGCCAAAACUCACCAGCCAUUUGCGGUGAGACUUCUUCACCUUCACAAAGAGACUAGAUUCACGGCAGCAGAGCAGAAGUUUGGCCUUAUCUGGGACACCAUCUUUGAGAAUAUCGUCUUCAAGAUGGACUUUGGACAGACACUUCACUGGAUUUUCGAUGGGUUGGAUGAGGCGGAUGCCCCAAAGCUUCUCGUUCGCAGCCUGCUCGAGAUCAAGUCCAAAACUCGCAUCAAGUUACUGCUUUUUAGCCGGCCAAAGAAAGACCUUACAAACAUCCUCAUGGCUAGAUUCGGUGCAGUGCCGAUGGUCAGCGUUUCUGUUGAACAAACACAGGAAGACAUCGAGCAGUACGUAGCAUCAGUGGCGAGUGAGAUAUUUCCGGAUGCUGGUGGGCCGAUCCAUGAAUAUGUCAUCCAACAGAUAACAAAAAGGGCCGAGGGUUCCUUUCUGUGGACCAGACCUGCCCUCGAGACCUUGCGAGACAACUGGCACACGCAAGCUGACAUUGAUAUGGCGCUGAACAAUGUACCAAAAGGCAUGCACUCGUUGAUCAACGCAUGA